AUGUCACAUCUUCAAUAUUUACUACUGAGAUCCCAGGUCACGGACCUUCACCGGGACGCCAGCAUGGCAACAGUUAUUCCAGAGCUUCGUACUGCUCUCAUACUUGUGCAAGCGUCGUUGAUAUUGAGCAAAGAAGCUUCUGAACGCUGCUGGAGCACGCAUUUCCAGACAGUUCCGCAUCAAGGGAAGGGGAAAGGUCUCACCGCCAUAGGCCAGGGAUACAGCAUAACGCCCCUUGGACUCUUCGGGGAGGAGAUUGUAGAGGUUGUCAUUCUGCAGGCUGGGCAGCAGAUCUUGGUUUUGGUCUGGAGGCAAUAUCGAACAUUCUUCCUAAAGCAAGAAGCCCCAACGAUAUGCCCACGGGGGGAGGAUCAAUCCCCGGAGGGUUUCUCCCUUGCCGUUCUGGAGCUUGUGGUCAAAUGGGAGGACGGUGACAUCCUCCCGACAGAUGCCACAUUCUGGGGCAAGACCCCUGAAUUUGACAUUAUUUCUCUCGAUAUCAGAGGCGAGCUGAGGCCAGAAUGA